AUGGAGUAUUCAAAGGAAGAACUACCUUACCAACCUGAUGAAGACCAAUGGAGUCAAGGAGAAGAGAGUCUUGCCUUUUCCGAUGAGGAGGUUGACUAUGAAUCUCCACCGUGGCCAGGAGAUUGUUAUCCGAGCUCUGAUUUUGAGGAAGAGAGAAACGUUGAAGGAUUCGAUUUUGAAUUUGAAGAUAAACCAGAGCCACCAGACCUUUCAAGAGACAUCGCAAGCUACCAAGAAUGGUACAUAGAAGAAACUGACCAAGAGAGUGAGGAUGGAGACUCACGAAUUGGAGAAGAUAGUUCUCAAAGCGAUCAUGAGGAUGAACAACACGAAAACAACUCAAGGAUUAGAGAAGCAGAAUCUCAAUUCAGCCAUGAAGAAGAAGGUUAUGGAUGUGAACAACACUAUGAAGAUUUCACUCACAAAGGGGAGUUCACUCAUGAGGAUGAGUCCGAAUCAAAGCUUUGUAGCUGA